AUGGCUACCAACUCUGAAGUCUUUGAUAACAAGUCCCUUGCUAGCCUGCCUCCCCCGUAUGAGAAUGUUUCUACUUCUACAUCAUCGACUGUCAAGAUUGAGCAGGCCAAUAUUGAGCAGGUCAAGAUUGAACUCACCAAGACUGAACUCACCAAGACUGAAAGGACUCAAGCUGUUCUAUCUCACCUCUGUGAUAUCAUAUCUACUCCUAAUUUUCUGGCUUCAUCUGUGGCUCCUAUCAUUGAAACCUGUGCUGCUGCUCUCCUUCCUGAGGAGUUCUCUGACCUCCUGCAAAAUCCCAAUAUUGAGGGUCACACUGCAAUGUAUUGGGCAGUUGUGAAUUGCCGGAGAGAAGCUUUUUCCAUGUUUACAGCACACAUCCCCCAAUUCUCAUCUGUUUGCUAUUCUGACUUGCGUCUUGCAUGUAUGUCAACUAGCAACCAUGCAUUGUUUAUGCAGCUGAACUUGGGUCAUGUUAUCAAUUCUAAGGAUGAAUCUUUGAGACAUUUUUGA